CACUCCCCUUCGGCCGUCUUCCUAGAUUACUGCUCCGCCAGCUUCCCUGUGUCUCCACCGCCCGGCUCGCUAGUCGCCCCUGCCGCUAGCUCUGCGCUAGGUCCCGGCGCUUGGUGUCGUUUCAAGGAAGUGAAGGAACUUCUCACGAUCAUAACUUGUUCCUCAUCAAUAUGCACCGGUUGAAUCCCAAAACCCCUCUCACUUGCAUUUUCUGUUGACGCAGCUUUUGGUUGAUUUUAUCAGUUCAAUGUAUCAAGUGGUUGUGCACUCAGGAUUUUCCUUUUUAUAGAUUACAACUCCUUUACCUUGUUCAACGUAGGUGCAGUCACUCUUUUGAACUUCUCAAUGUCUCCAACGAGCUUCCUCAUCCUAUUCGCUGACCAGGGUGUCAAGAAAUGGACGGUUUUAGAAACUCCCAGAUUUUGACAUAUGUUUUAAAAUGCCCCCCCCCCCCAAAAAAAAAAUCUUCAUAUUGAGGUACGAAGGUCAGCGUUAGAUGCUCUACGCCUUUACACAACCAGACAUUCAACCUAGACCAAGUUGUAUUUGCUUCUGAACAGGUCAAAGCUGCACAGCAAACAGUGACAUGCAGCUUUGAAAUCAGCAAAUAAAGAAUUGAAUGGAAUGAUGGAACUGUGAAGAUUCACGACAUCGAUAACUUGCAAGAUGAAAUGAUGGAGCUGAUGGAUCGAUGUUAGUAACAAAAUUUGAGAAACCAUUGGUAGAAGCUACAAUGUUCCUGAUGACAUUGAUGAGGAAGAGCUUCUGGGUGAGUUUGAUGCAUUGGCAGCGGACAUGGAGAGUGAAGGGCACAGAGUCCCUUCAUACCUCAAGGCUUAAGCCCGACAAGGAGAGUGAAGCUGAUAAAAUGUUGGGUUCAGAGUUUAACCUGCCUGCAGCACCAACUUCGCCAUGCAUGCUCCAUUCCCAGUUAACACUGAGGUGCGGAGAAGUUGAGACGGGGCUACUUUUGGACGAGGGCGGGGUGAACGGCUUACUUGGUCUGGGGCACACGCCAUUGGAUGUGACGACCCUCUUGUCGUCCCAAGGGCUGAUCCGGAACUCAUUUUCCAUGUGUUUUGCACACGAUGGGAGUGGUCGGAUUGCCUUUGGGGACAAAGGGGAUUCGGACCAACGGGUUACCCCAUUGGAAGGUGGACGCGAAAGUGCACACUACAUCGCACGCGUAGAUCGAGUCUACGUGAAUGAUGUAGUGGCGGAUGUUGGGUUUGAUGCGGUGUUCGACUCCGGCACGACUGUCACCUACUUGGCCGGAGAAGCAUAUGCCACGGUCACAAAGAUUUUUGAUUCUCUUGUGAAGGACCCACGCGUUGAGCUCAUCAUAGACACUUUUGAGUAUUGUUACGCUCCAGGGGCUAAUAAUACCCCUUCUGGGAUUCCAACUCUGAGCUUCAAGACUAGAGGGGCUAAUAUCUCCGUUACGAGUCCCAUAGUACCAUUAAAAGGCCAAGGGGUGUAUUGUUUGGGCAUUGCUAACAACAAAAUCAACCCCCUUAAUAUUAUUGGACACAACUUUUUGACCGGUUAUCGCAUCAUAUUUGAUCGGGAAAAGUUUGUUCUCGGAUGGAAACCGUCUGAUUGUAAAUCGAAGGACGCUAACACUACUGCAUCUAAUUCUAAUGCAUCCGCCUUAUCAGGAAUGGAGAGCAUACUAUUUUUGUUCUUUGUUUAUUUUUCAUAUUCACAAAUUAUGUGAUUUGUCAAAUUUGUUUACAUUAGGCAUGAUUUCCACCCAUUGAAAUCGUCUAUCUUCUUUCAGAGCCUCUCCAUCUUCUCCCUUCUUCUUCCGUCGUCGUCUCAUUCGAUUCAAUUCAAUUCAAUGGCGGGCUGGCUUUUUGCUCUUGCUAUUAUGGCGCGAUAUGGUACGCAAAG